AUGGAGAGGAGAAAGACCGCCGGAGAGUAUCACAAGAGUAUCAUUGUGGUCUCCAAAAGUUCUGCACUGGACCCAAACGAGCAAGCGCUAAGCCGACCUCCGUGGGUCACGACAACGUUGGGCUGCUUUCUGAUCUUUACGAUUGUUGUUGAUAUUUUGGGCAACCUUCUGGUGAUUUUCUCCGUCUACAAGAACAAGAAACUUAGGAACGCAGGUAACAUCUUUGUGGUAAGCUUAGCAGUAGCUGACCUGGUUGUGGCAAUUUAUCCAUAUCCACUGGUGCUUGCCUCCAUCUUCCACAACGGCUGGAACCUGGGCUACGUCCACUGUCAGAUCAGCGGCUUUUUAAUGGGUGUCAGCGUCAUCGGUUCCAUCUUCAACAUCACUGGCAUCGCCAUCAACCGGUACUGCUACAUCUGUCACAGCCUGAAGUACGACAAGCUCUACAGCGAUAAGAACUCGGUCUGUUACGUCCUCUUAAUCUGGGCCCUGACCGUCUUGGCCAUCAUUCCCAACCUGUUCGUGGGUUCGCUCAAAUACGACGCCCGCGUCUACUCCUGCACCUUCGAGCAGUCGGCCAGCUCGGCCUACACCAUCGCCGUGGUCUUCUUCCACUUCAUCCUGCCCAUACUCAUCGUCACGUACUGUUACCUGCGCAUCUGGGUUCUCGUCAUCCAGGUUCGACGACGCGUCAAGCCCGACAACCGCCCCAAGCUCACGCCGCACGACGUGCGCAAUUUCGUGACCAUGUUCGUGGUCUUCGUGCUCUUCGCCGUGUGCUGGGCUCCGCUCAACCUCAUCGGGCUGGCCGUGGCCAUCGACCCGGACACUGUGGUGCCGCUCAUACCCGAGUGGCUUUUCGUGGCCAGUUACUUCAUGGCCUAUUUCAACAGCUGCCUUAACGCUAUCGUCUACGGCGUGCUCAACCAGAACUUUCGCCGCGAGUACAAGCGCAUCGUGGUGUCGGUGUGCACGGCGCGGAUCUUCUUCCAGGACAGCUCCAACGACGCGGCGGAGAGGCUGAAGAGUAAACCGUCGCCUCUGAUGACCAACAAUAACCAGAUUAAAGUGGAUUCAGUGUGA